UUAGUCUUCGAACUAGUUUACCUGCAGGAGGUUUUGCUUUCUUUUAUUUUAGUGAAUUUCGACAAUUUAGACGCUAUUAUGCCUGGGAACGAUGACUACAAAUCUGCCAAAUCAAUUUACGACUUCACAGCUAAAUCAAUUCAAGGAGAAGAAAUUUCGUUAUCAGAGUAUAGCGGACAUGUUUGCUUAAUUGUUAACGUGGCUUCAAACUGCGGACUUGCAGAGGUUAAUUACAAAGAGCUUAAUGAACUCUAUGAUCAAUAUGGAGAAUCAAAAGGUUUACGAAUUUUGGCUUUUCCAUGCAAUCAAUUCCUCGGUAAAGAACCUGCCAAUGCUGAAAACAUAGACAAUUAUAAGAAUAAGGUUAAAUUCGAUGUAUUUGAGAAAAUUGAGGUCAACGGAGAAGCUGGUCACCCUUUGUGGAAAUAUCUGAAGAAGGAACAGGGUGGCACCAUAGUAAACACUAUUAAGUGGAAUUUCACUAAAUUUAUUGUCAAUAAGGAAGGCAAGGUGGUGGAAAGACAUGGACCAAAUGUGGAUCCAAACCAGUUAGUAUCCCAUCUCGAAAAAUAUUUUUAAAAAGUUAAGUGAAUUCUCAAGGUAUUACCUCAUAUUUUUAUACCAUGAGAUAAUUAAAAAAUAAAAAUUUAUAAAAAUU